AUGACUCAGAAUGCAUACUGCCAUUGUUUGGACAUCGGACGUGGCUUGGGAUAUGCUCCGGCUAUUAUCGCGGAAAAUGAGCUCGGUUGCGGAGCCGCUCUUGCGGCGGAUAUAGCUUACGGUCCUGGUUUCGCUCCUGACAUGGCGUACGGAUAUGGAUACGGUCUCGCUGGUCCAGCUACUCUGGCAGGUCCUGCUGCGUAUGGUGCAGGCCCGGCUUAUGUCGGCGCUGGUAUACGAGACAUAGCGGUCACUGGCGAGAUGUCAGUCGUCGGUAGUUCUCUUGUCGCAGGUUAG